AUGAAGUUCACAGUAUUCGCCACAAUAUCUCUUCUUAUUACGUCCAGCGUUGCUAGAAGAUGUGCGAAUGUUGAAGUACCAGAAGAAUUAAGGCAGGAAGCUGCCCGUUUCAGAGCUCUAAGCGCGAGCAGCCUCCGUGCUUCAAUCACCGGUGCUGAUGCCCUUCGCAAAUCCGGCGGAUACAAUGAUCCCACAACUCGGACUCAGAAAAUCAAGCUCUACAUCCACAAUGUCUACAUCAAUCGGACUGCUGAAGGUGGAUACAUCCCGAACUCCGACAUGGAAAAACAGGCCAAAGCUUUGAACGAGCAUUAUGCUCAGACCGGUAUCUACUUCGAUCUUCGCAGGGUCACCCAUACCAAAAACGCCACUUGGGCGACCUGCGAAAGAGACACUCCUAUUGAACAAGAUAUGAAGCGUACUAUCCGAAAGGGUGACUAUGGUGAUAUGAACUUGUACCUUCGCCCACUUCAAGGGUGGCUCGGAUGGUGUACAUUCCCAAAGGAUGUUGUCCGCGGCUCGGAUGAUUACUGGAAGGACGGAUGCGACGUCCUCCAGUCCACAGUUCCUGGUGGGACUUUCUUCCCUUACAACGAAGGAAAGACAUCCACCCACGAAAUUGGCCAUUGGCUGGGACUUCUUCAUACUUUCCAGGGCGGUUGCGACGAAGGUGAUUUGAUUGAUGACACUCCAGCUGAGGCAAUCUACACUGACGGCUGCCCAAUUGGAAAGGACACUUGCGUCGGACCAGCAUACCCAGGUGUUGACCCUAUCCACAACUUCAUGGAUUAUUCUGAUGAUGCCUGCUUGAACCAGUUUACUCCUGGCCAGACCGUCAGAAUCUACCAGACUUGGGAUAGAUACCGUGCUCCAUGGAAGUCUAACUCCAGCUAUACCGGAUACUAA